ACCAUAUCUUUUAUAUAUUUCCCAUAUAUUAAAGAAAGGCUAUAUUUUAUUCUUUAAUAAUUAAAUAAAUACAGUAUUUACUUGAAUUAUUCAGAAUAUGACUGAUUAGAAAAUAAUCUAUCAAGUACAAAUUACAUACAUAGUACAAUAGAACAGCUAUAAAAACUGUUCUAUAUAAAUAUUUCUAUUUAAUUGUGUCAAAUUCAUAUACCUGUACAUAAGGAAAACAAAAUUUAUAAAAAAAGAUCGCACAAUGUACAAGAUAUACCAUAUGCGUUGUACAAAACUUGUGUGUGCUCAUAUGUACACAUUUACAACCAAAUAAAAUGCAACUAAAUAUUCAAAUUUUAUUUAAAUAAUUCAAAUCCAUCAUAAUCGAUUGCAAAAGAAUGAAAUACUUUCGUACGAAUUUUCGUCCAGAAUUUAACAAUGUCUUGUAUUUUAAAUCUUUCUAAAGAGCAGAGCAAACAGACUUGCUCUUAAUGCUAAUGUACCAUCUGUUUUACCUAGAUUAAGCUUUUUCAAUUUCUAUUAAGCCUACAGUAUACCAUCAGAAUUCAUGUCGUUCUCACAGAAAGGAUUGAAACAAAAAAUAUGAAUUUUUUUAAUUUAAUGAAUAAAAGUAUUGCUAUAAACGUGCAACGCAACGACCAUGUAGAAAACAAUUACGGAUUCAUAGCUGCUAAUGUUAAAGUAUGAUUCUGUGUUUAAAAAAAAAACAAUUACACUGCUACAUUUAUUAUCCACGUAACUGACAAAUCUAUGAAUUCUUAGUUGGAGAAUAUCGACACCCGCAAGCAUCUAUUUCCUUCAGAAAUUUGGGAAAUAAGACCUACGUGGGAAAUGAUUGGAAAAAUUAUCAGUGUCUUACCAAUUAUCAUAAUCGGUUCUCUGGCCAAUGGUGGAUUAAUUUAUGUGAUAUUCAAAGAAAAAUCUCUGCAGACCACGACGAAUCUCUUGAUUGUGAAUAUGUGUAUAGCGGAUUUAGGUGCUUGUUUAAUAUGCCCAUGGAUAUUUCUCUGCACUGAUCUAUUCCAGAACUAUAUUUUGGGAAAUAUCGGUUGUCGAUUGGAUGGGUCGGUGGUGCAUGCUUUAACGCUAGUAGCCGUUUUCAAUUUUGGUGCAAUCAGUUAUGACCGUGUUUCUGCGAUUGUCUUCAACAGCUCUGGAAAAUUAACAAGGAGGACGACACAUAUUCUGCUAUUUGCUACCUGGAUUUCUGCAAUAAUUAUCGCACUUCCUUUAGUCCAUUUUCGACAUUAUCACGAAAGACAAUGGAAAAAUUAUUUGGAAACCUACUGUACUGAGGAUACCGCGCUUGUCUAUCCAUAUUGGCACGUUUUUGCGGGUUUGAGCGUUUGGGCACCAUUGAUCAUUAUAGCAAUUUGUUACUCAGCCAUCCUUAUUAAAUUAGAUCGUUAUGAAUCACAGGCUUUGAGAAGUAAAUAUCCUAUCGUGAUGAAAUAUAAAGGAAAAGUAGCUCAAAUAUUGGCACUUAUAGUUUUAGUAUUUAUUAUAUGCCGUAUACCAUUUACCGCGUUAGUAAUUCAACGGGCACAAUUAUAUAAAAAAACUCAUAAAACAGGACAAGCUGAAACUAUGUAUCCACUGUGGUAAACAUUUUUGAUUAAAUACAUCAGUAAAAGAUUACCUCACAGGAUAAUAUGUAAAUAAAAUAAUUCGUAUUACAGGUAUAUUAGCAGAUAUCUGGUACUGUGUAAUGCAGCAAUAAACCCUUUGUUAUAUGGUUGCAGCAGUAGUUCUUUGAAAAAAGAAUUAACAUUGUGUCCUGCUACAUCCUGGCUCUUUCGUAAGAAAAAACAACAAGGAUCAAAACCAUCUAGGAUUUCACAAUUAA